AUGGUUCUACAAAAUAGAGAAACAUGCGGAACAAUGUAUUUUCUUUUUAGUCUUUUAUUAACACUGUCAUGUAAAGUUAGUUAGUAUAGUUGUAUGGAUGUUUUCAAGCAGGGUUAGUUUUACCUAGUUUUCUUUCUUGACUACCUCAUCUAGUCGAACAAACCAAAAAUGGCAAAUCAAGAGGAUGACUCCGAAGGUGGAAUAGUGCCCAACUUCAUUUAUGAAGACCUGCAAGACUUGAGUGAAAACAAAGAAACGCCUCUCAGAAAAGUAGCAGAGAAAUUCCAAUUCCCUUUGACAAUGAAUGAUUUCAAAGAUCUUGGUCUAUUGGGAUUGCGAUUUGAAAAAAUGGAGGACGCCUACGGCUUAUCCCUUCCCCAAAUUGGUAUAAACAAACGAGCAUUCAUUUUUGAGGUGAGACAUCCUGUGGAAGGAGACCAAUCCGAGCCUAAGAGUGAGCAUAGUCAACCCCUAGCAGACGACAUAGAUCCGAUGGGCGAAGUUGAUUUAAAAAAGAUCAUGGAACAGAAAGAACCGGGUGAGAUUUGGCCGAAGACGUUGUGGAUCAACCCGACUUACACAAUUCCACGGGACGCUGUGCUCGAUGAAGGCUACGAGGUUUGCUAUUCCUUGAAAUGCAAGGAUGACCUUGUGAUCGGACCAGUGUUCAGACUCAACCGCAUCAACUACAGAGCGUACGACGCGGAGGGGCGGAUCUACGAGGGUCAAGUGGAGGGGGAAGUUGCACGAGUCAUACAACAUGAGAUAGACCACCUGGACGGGAAACUUUUCAUCGACUACGUACAACCAGAGAGAGUGAUGCAGUUGCCAGAUUAUAUAGAGAAGAAGGGGAAUGGACAGCUACAGCCGUUGGAAAAGGGAGUGGUUCCUCAGUUCUCAAACUGAAGGGGUUUGAUGAAACUUGGAAAAGAUUCAAUUAAGCUAAUUUACACUUAUUAACACAAUUAAAUUAUUUAAAAAAAAAACGUGCAUAUAUUUGGGUACUAUUUUGAACUAAUUCAAAAGCUAUGAUAGACACAACUUGUGUUUUUAUAUAUUACUGAUUUAGAAUGAUAACCAUAAGCCCGACAAUAAUACUUAUGCUUCAUCCGAUAAUAUGAUACAAAACUAUAUGCUAUUUUUGUAAAUUUUAAAUUUUGUAAUGAAAAAUAUAAGUAUAAUAUAAAAAAUGUAAAAUGUAAGUAUAAUAUAGUUGGCUUAAAGAGCCAACUAUUUACUAGGCCUAAUUGUAAUAUUGUUACGCUUGACUAAUCUCUUGUGACUUUUGUAAAUUCAUAGAACCGAGCCAAACAUCUCAGUGAUUUAAAAAUAAAUAUAUAGGCUAAGGGAUAAAAGGGUUACUUCAUCAUAAAAUUAUCAUUCAGAAUGUACCGCUUUACACUGGUUAGCCUGGCAACAGAGCCAAAAGACACAUAACACCAGAAACUUUAAAAACAAUGUAUAAAUUAUAAUUAGUUGACUGAGUAGGCCUUAACAGUUUAG